UCGCUCUGUCUCCACGCACUGCAAGAGUUCGGCGAGGUGUUGAGUGCGCUUUAACUGCUCAAGGCGUUAUUCUGCUAUUGCGUCUCAUUAAUAAACCGUUUUUCUUUCAAAAACAAUGAGGCGACUGUGGAUUAUCGGUCUCCUCUGUGCACUUUUGGCAUUCGCAUCUGUGAAAGCUGAUGAUGACGACGACGUUGACAUUGAUGGCACAGUAGAAGAGGACCUUGGAAAGAGCAGAGACGGAUCCCGCACAGAUGACGAGAUUGUUCAGAGGGAGGAAGAAGCCAUUCAGUUAGAUGGUUUGAAUGCCUCACAAAUAAAAGAAAUCCGUGAAAAAGCAGAAAAGCAUGCGUUCCAGGCGGAAGUGAACCGGAUGAUGAAACUGAUCAUCAAUUCCUUGUAUAAGAACAAGGAGAUCUUCCUAAGAGAGCUGAUCUCUAAUGCUUCCGAUGCCUUGGAUAAGAUCCGGCUGUUGUCCCUGACCAACGAAGAUGCUCUUGCUGGAAAUGAAGAGCUUACUAUUAAAAUCAAGUCCGACAAAGAAAAGAACAUGCUUCAUAUCACUGACACUGGUAUUGGCAUGACCAAAGAAGAACUGGUGAAGAACCUCGGUACCAUCGCCAAAUCCGGAACCAGCGAGUUCCUCAACAAGAUGACUGAUAUGCAAGAGGAGGGUCAAUCAACCUCUGAGCUGAUUGGUCAGUUUGGUGUGGGCUUCUACUCUGCCUUCCUUGUGGCUGAUAAGGUCAUCGUCACCUCCAAGCACAACAACGACACCCAGCACAUCUGGGAAUCCGAUUCCAACGAUUUUUCAGUCAUCAACGACCCUCGUGGAGACACUCUGGGCAGAGGCACCACCAUUACGCUGGUGAUGAAAGAGGAGGCUUCAGACUACCUUGAGCUGGAGACCAUUAAGAACCUGGUGAGGAAGUACUCUCAGUUCAUCAACUUCCCCAUCUACGUAUGGAGCAGCAAGACUGAGACCGUAGAGGAGCCAAUUGAGGAGGAGGAGGAGGCUGAGAAGGAAGAGGCUGCUGAAGAUGAAGCUGAGGUUGAGGAAGAGGAUGAGGACAAGGACAAACCAAAGACUAAGAAGGUGGAGAAGACCGUGUGGGACUGGGAGCUGAUGAAUGACAUUAAACCCAUCUGGCAGAGGCCUGCAAAGGAAGUGGAGGAGGACGAAUACAAAGCCUUCUACAAGACCUUCUCCAGGGACUCUGAUGAGCCCAUAUCUCACAUUCACUUCACUGCUGAAGGAGAGGUCACCUUCAAGUCCAUCCUCUUUAUCCCUGCAUCUGCACCCAGAGGCCUUUUCGAUGAAUAUGGAACCAAGAAAAAUGACUUCAUCAAGCUAUUUGUGCGUAGAGUCUUCAUCACCGAUGACUUCCAUGACAUGAUGCCCAAGUACCUCAACUUCAUCAAAGGCGUUGUAAGUCCUUCUGUCUGUCUAUUUUUAAGUGUAGCCAGUAAGAUAUUUAGGAGGCAUUGA